AGUUGCACGAUAUUGUCUCUACUUACCUGGUUAGUACUAUGUACAUUAUAUAAUUUGCCGUCACUGGCGUCACAGUGCUGCAUUGAAUGUACAGUAAUCUUCGCAAGCACGCUGAUGUUGUUCUCCUUGCGAGUAGCUGCCAGCUGCAUGUUCUUGUUUUCCGAAUAGAAUUGUUCUUUUGUACUUGUUUACUUUUCCCAGUGUCCUACUACACAACUAGGUGAACUAAAGUAACGCUCAUGGUCCAUUCUACAUGUCUGCCUCUGAAGCUGCUUUUACGGAUGAGUCGCAAGCUGCUCAGCGAGGAUUAACUGAGCCGCUGCCAUAUCUUGCGUGGGCACUGCCAAGCAGAUUGGUACCAAUUUUGAGAGCCAAUAAGCAAAGAUCCCUAAUUCCUCGUUUAAAUUUUUUUGACCCGGAUAAAUCAGCUACAGUUGCAACUUCGAAUUUUACACCGGAUGUGUCUUCCACUGCAGCGCGCAAUGCCACAACAAGUGAUAGCCAACCUGAGUGCAAGACUGUCAACCAAUCCACCUCAAACGGCGCGCUUCAUAUGACCUUUGAAGAACUGUGGCGUCGCUAUAACGCUGCGAUUCAAAAACUUCAAGAACAGACCGUGGAAUUCAAUGGAAGCGAGAAGCUUUUCGAAUGGCUGGAUGAAGCUACUCACAGAAAUACGAUAGCGCAGCGCGUUUAUAAACUUCUUUGCUUCGAUAUCGAAUCCAGACUGAGCCAGCAUCUGGAAUGGGCCCAUCGGAAGCUGUACAACCCUGGAUAUCGUAUCGGUUUUGCGCAGUUAAACACCUCUCCACGAUACGGCCUAAAUAAAACGGACUUGUCCGCAGCAAUUUCUCACGAACCACCCCAACCGGCGAUCCAGUCAGCAGUUUUACUAGAACGAACAAACAGAGGAUUUAUUUAUGACAAAAUCUCUGAAAUUUCUGCUGCAAACCAGAAUUUUCCCGCGUUGUUGAGUACUCUGCACACCGAAAAAUCGAAGUCAGUGCUGUGGGAGUUAGCACGACUUCUCGGACAGAAGCGUACAUCUUCAAAGGCCUCACUUUCGAUGCCAGUAAUCCCCAUCAAGAGUAAACGCAAGAGCACCAAAACGAAAAGAAAAAGGAUAAGUCAAGGAAAGUCCACGAGGUCAACGGUACUGACGAAACGCAUAAUGAGCUUUCCAGUUCGUAAGGGGAGACGACGGACAAGAACAUCUGCACAACACAGGAAGUCCAGUCAGCUUGAGAAUGAGAACUAUUACGAUGAUGAUAAUGAUAACAUCGAUGAUACCAUGGAGGCGCCAAAAGGGGCUAAUCAACGAAAGCGUCGCAAAGUAACAACCCACGGCCAGGAUGGUCGCCGGCGCUUGAGUCGUCAGAUCACCAGGACACCACAGGAGUUCCUGACACAGAGCUCGAUCGUAUCCGGUAUGUCAUCGGAUUCCGAAAUUUCAGAAUCUCGAUUGGCAUUAGAAGCUAAGAAGCGACCAGUUCCAGUCAAGAAAGGGCAUCAUGAAUACUAUACCCCCGAUGAGCUGACUUUAUUGAGAAAGCACGCGUUCAACAGAUACACGAUUGACCUUUAUGAUGAUGCAAUGGAUAUUGCUGCGGAUGAUCAAGUAAUCGAGGAAGGACCCCGGCUGCCGGUACCCCAUCUGAUGAAAAUGCUGGCUGAUCUGGCCGCCCGGAAACGAUGGCGUUUAUCGGACCUCUUUCGUUAUGCCGACAAAGAUAAAUCAUGGAAGCUUGAUAUGGCAAAAGUGCAGCGACUAUGUGAGAAAAUGGAUGUGGAUAAAGUAACCGAGACAACCAUAUUGGACAUGAUGGUCGAAGUUGACGAAGCAACGCGAGAGGCAGUGACCUUUAAGGAGCUUCGCAAAGGAAUGCGCGCUUGGAUCAAAGAGCGCAGAGUUCGACUACGUUACUGUUUGGAAGUAGAAGGUUUGUCAGAUAAAUCUGAGCCCGUGCAUUCCUUUGCAUCGUUCACAUCGGAAUCAGGCAGAAGAACAAAGACAGGCUUUAUUAAGGAUAAGACGGCACAGAAAAAAGAACCGUUCAACGCGAUUCGUCAGUAUGUACGCAAACGUAAUCCGCAGCCACUUAUGCCGCCAAAGGAAAUCGGAACAGAUGUGUGCGAUAUCCCGGGCAUAACAUGCAACUGGCAUGCCGUUUUUCCUGAGCGGCUGAUUCUCGCCUGGCGGAUUCAGCAGAAACUGGAGAAACUAUUUAUGCAGAGCCGUUGGCUGGAUAUCAAAAAAUUGCUGCGCGUGUUUGGAUAUUACCGCACUGCGCAGUAUGCGCUGGUCAACGAGAUUGAACUGGAGCAGCCGCCACCUGAGCCUGAAGUGCUGACGUCUGACGAGCGAAUGGAGCGAUUGGCUAAACACGCUCCAACUGGUCGUAAAAUCUCUACCGAUGCCGCUGUGAAACGAUUCUCUUUGAGGGACGAUGGGAACCCUCUUGGGAUGCCUUCGCGACACUCGCCAUACACCCCCUCAAAGGUCAAUCGCUUUUCUGAAAAUGACGCAGAACUGCACCUGCCGACUCCGUAUGCGCUCACCAAUGAUAUCUCAACCGCCCAUUUUGCCAAAAGUGCGACACCAAUGACGCCACCGCCGGCCAUGAUUGCGCUACGGUUUUCUCCGCAAGAAACAAGUCGACUACAAAUGCAAGCCCUGGAACUGCGUCAGCUAGAAGACGAGUUAGCGAAGUACCGCUCCCAAUCACCUGGCACACAUGAAAAGAACCAGGAUACGGCUCAGGCGACAGUUCCCAGCGUUCAUUUCUCCCCUCAACCAGACCACACCCAGCACGUACUUGCAGCGGCUAAUACGCUGGUGAACCACCAAGACAUUCGCCGGCUCAAUAAAAACGCACAGCAAAUGCUGCAGGAGAUCGCAAAAUCACCUCAUCUGCAUUCGGAAGCCAAUAUCCUGGAUCACGGAAAACCCAGGAAGAAACCAAGUGUAGCACCUACCGCCCAAGGUGAUCGAACGGAUUACGAGAAGUUUUUGAGACGACGUUUCCGUGAAAUCCAUAACGUUUGGCUUGUUGAUCCAACUCCGACAGAUGUCCUGGAGGCGCUACAGCUCCGAGCGUACAAAAUGUUAAAACAAGCCGCCAAGCAGGAUGAGGAACGAUUACUCGCGGCUAUCGAUCCAUCACGGAGAAAUGAUUCAACGCGAGAACUGGUGCAAGCUGCAACGGCUAUUAUGAAAGAGACGCGGAAGGAAAUUAUUGCGCCGCCGACAGCUGGAGCGGAGAAGCUAAACGAACAAUCGCUAGACCGCAAGGAACUCCGAGCUACUUUAUUGACACAAACAACAGGGCUAUUUAAAAAAGAUUACUGUUUUAUGGAUUCCCGGACCAAAGCAAUUUUGGCUCGGUCUAGGCGGUUGAAAAGCGAGCUGGUAUUGGAGGAGAACGACCCGAGAAAUUUUCGAAAAACCAGCCUGUCAACUAUUUCUUGCCGCAGUGCACCAGCCGCAGUCGGUCAGAAGAGCACUAGUACGUUUUCCAUACCGUCUAACAGUGCUUCUGCCGCAUCACAGCAUUCAAGCACUGCUAGUUUUCCAUUCGCACCGAGUAAGAUACGCAGCAGAUUUUCUGGUCUUUCGGGUUCGCAGUCUCAGUCCGCCAACAAUAACCAACUUCUGGUAUCUGCUGUUAGUGCGUAUGCAUACGGAAGUAAUACUCCAGAAAUUACUCCCUCUGGCGCAAGCUCGGUUAGGCCUAUCAAAUUUCAAGAUGAAAAAGGCGUGUCGAAAUCGGUUGCUUCCUACCAGACAACUACACCUGUUCCGCAAGUUACCGAGGACAAUGAGCGGGAAAAACUUAGUUUAUCUCCGGAGUUAUUGUUUGUGGACUCGGCAGAGGUCCUACGCAAACAAGCCGACGAAGCAGCUAUGGCGCUAUCCAAGACCCCGGAGCGCCGGAUCGAGAGGAUGUUUGCUCAAGUGACCUUUCUACUGGAGUCAUUCCUUAGUGAAAAGCGCGACCAUUUGAUGAGAGGCUUGACAAAACAGAUCAAAAAGCAAGCACGAGAGAUGCAAAUCAGCCAGUUUCAGUCUGUCGAAACCGUGGAACGCCGGUUGGUGCAGCAAAUUCGAAUGAAAAAGAUUCAAGACUGCUAUCAAGGUAGCAUCCGCCGAGGUAUGUGGACAGACUUUAGGCAGCUGAUUAAAUCGAUAAGGAAAAGGAAGCUUCCAUUGUCGUCAACCGAAGAUAAUUUGAGGAAGGUCCUCUUGCGGACUGAGGAUGUUGAUCACCGAGUGGAAAGCCGCGAGGCGGCUCUUGCGCACUUCGAAGAGCUGCUUCACAAAGCUUGUGACGGGCCUGUUCCCAGUAAUGUCCACAGCAAAUGGUUUAAACGCUAUAAAUCUCUGCCAUCGUUUUUUCCAUUGUCCGAUAGCUUGAAUCUUAUGAAAACUAUGCAACCAUUUGAGACAGCCGAGAUUGCGUGAAUGCAGUGCAUAAAGGGCUGAGAAAUGCGCAGUCGCUAACUUCCUCACUUCCUGUACUGUCGCCAAAAAAGUGUAUAAUAUUCCUGUCAUCAACAUAUAAUUAUAAUAGAUUUGGAUGACUGUUUUUCGCAGUUAUAAGCGCAUCUAUAGAUACCUACUUAAUUUCAAUUUUCAAGUAAAGUACUGAGUGAGUGAAAAUAAACCUGCAACAACCAGCGAUUUUCGUACAAUACAAGCUUUUAUUUUGUCGUACAUAUUCAAGUUUUUUUGCGCGGAAAUUGAUUCCUGUUCAAAAAAAAGUUUGAUUCUUUAUUUUUCGGGAACCUGUAUAUUCGUUUUAUUAUUUGACACAAACUGGUACACUGCGUAGGAUUACCAGUGUGUUGACCGUGUUCUUUUAAUAUUGAACGUAUCACAUAGUGCAUUACGAGAUUACCGCUAAAAUGUCGUUCAGAACGUGGAACCAGGAGGACCGUCGGCAGGGAAAGCCGUGAUUUGCGAUAUGAUUGCAGAACGUCUUGGAUACACACAUCUUUCUAUGGGACAACUGAUGCGGGAAGAAGCUCUACAUGAUACACCUCGCGGAAAACGUUGUAAAUUGAACGUCGAUAUAGGAUAUCUCGCGAUGUCCAUGAGGUGCUUCGGGAGAACAUUUUCAAGCAUUUAUCCCGAAAACAGCCUUAUAUUAUUCAUGGAUACCCCAGAGAUC